AUGUCCGAAUACCUACCUCAAGAAAUGCUGAUCAAGACCCUCACCAGGCUACCGCCCAAGACUCUCAUCAAGUUCAAAUCCGUCUCCAAAACGUGGAACUCCCUCAUCUCCAGCCCCUAUUUCAUCUCAGCCCACACCCAACGCCAAAUCCUCUUCUCCAAACCCCAAACCAUCCUCCGAAGAUACCUCACACCCCUACACACCGAACUCUACUCUCUCCACCGCGAAUUCGACUGCGAGGACUUGAAAGAAGAAGGCACCGAAAUCGAGUACCCUUUUCGCAACCUCGCCCGAUUCUAUUUCCGGAUCGUCGGCUCCUGCAACGGCGUGCUCUGCCUCUCGGACGACCUCUUCGGGCGGCCCGGCCCGAUUCUGCUCUGGAACCCAUCGAUCAAAAGGAAAUUCGUGCUCCCAGAUUCCAAUAAUCCGGGCCACGAGCCUUACUCUCACGUUCGCGUGCUCGGGUUCGGAUAUGAUCCUAUGCACGAUGACUACAAGGUUGUGAGGCUAAGUUAUGUGCAAGGUGACAAUGGGUACCCCGUGCCUCCUGAGGCCGAGGUUUUCGCGCUCAGCACGAAAAAUUGGCGUAAAAUUAAUCCUGGCCAAGUCCCCGAAAAAUGCGUGGUCGAGUAUUUCUGGUCGCAGGUUGUUAUCAAUGGGAAUGUGCAUUGGGUUGCUUAUAAGGAUUCGGGAAGGCAAGCUAAGGUCGAAAACUCAAUCAUGGUGUUCGACUUGAGCCGUGAGGUGUUCGACGAAAUGCCCCUAUCCGAAACCCUGAAAACCGAGCUGCCGAUUAAUUUGAAUGCGUUAGCUAUUGACGGGUCUCUUGCUGUCGUUCAUUACAAUGACGAUCGUGUGUGGGGCGGGAGUUUGGGUAUAUGGGUUAUGAAGAAAUAUGGAGACUCGAGCACGUGGAGUAAAGAGUAUAAUGUCGAGUUCGGGAGAGGGCCCGGGACAGUUCUCGGGAUAGGGAAGUCGGGUUGUGUUAUUUUGGCAGUUGGGAAUUUAGGGUUGAUUUCGUACGACCCUGUUAUGAGGGAAAGUGAUGGUCUUUGCGUGUUUGGGACAGGUGGCUCGUUUUAUGCGGGCAGCUAUUUGGAGUCGCUUGUUUUGCUUGGUGAAGGGGAAUGGAUGGGAGGAUGUGUUUCGAGCAGCAGUGAUAGUGAGAGUGAGAGUGAGUGUGUUGGGGAUGUUGAGAAGAGUGAGCUUUGGAUGCAGUGUAGCAUGUCUCAGUAUCUGACUGCUUUGCUUAAGAGACGUAUUCUGAGCAGCAGCUUGUUUUUGCCUCUUCUCGUGCACGCAACAACUAUGAUGUCCCUCACCUUCAGCUUGCGAGCCAUGAAGAGAAUGUCACAACUUGAAACAUCAAAAUCAGACCAUAGUUCACCAAACAAUUUCCCAUCUGAUCGAGAA